UGUAACCCGAGGUCCGGCUGGUUUCUCCCCCCAAAGUCUUUGCCUUUGACCGAGUGCCGUCACUCAAUGAUUCACGGAGGUGCGCGUGAAGGUGCGUGUGAAUGACCUGCUCCGUGUGCUCGUGGACAGCAGAGAGAAAGAGAGAGAGAGUGAGAGAGGAGUAAAACCCACAGCAGUGCACCUCACUCAGUCCACGCAGCAGGAACCGGAGCCGCGCUGAAAGGAGACGGAGAGGAGCGGAGAGGGCAGACCGGGAACAGCAGCGCCUAUGACCGCCUCCCUGGUCCUCAAUCCUCGCUGGCCAGCGGAAACGGUGAUGUUCGUGUAUGACAACAACCUGGACGACCUCAACAAGAACAUGGAGGGACUGGUGGGGAGCAGUAACUUCGCCGCGGCCACUGCAGCCAGCCAGUGCCGCAACAUCAUGGCGCAUUCGGCGGCCGCCGCGGCUCUGGGCGGGCACCCGUCCGGCCUCAUGCACUCCUCGGCCGGCUACUCCACAGUGGACGUGUCGGCCGCGGGCUCCGGCGACGGCUCGGCGUCCGCAGGAAAGCAGUGCUCGGCCGGACCGUGUCCCGCCGCGCACCAGAGUUCCUCCGCCGCCGCCACCACGUUACCCUACGGCUACUUCAGUAACGGGUACUACCCGUGCAGGAUGGGGCGGGGUUCGCUCAAGUCGUGCACCCAGGCGGCCGGAGCCGCGCUCAGCUCUCAGUACAUGGACACCACCGUGAACGCGGACGAAUAUUCGAACCACCGCGCCAAGGAGUUCGCCUUUUACCACGGCUACCCGAGUCCGUACCAGUCCAUGGCCAGCUACCUGGACGUGUCCGUGGUCCAGACACUCGGCACCGGCGAGCCGCGUCACGACACCCUGCUCCCGAUGGACAGCUACCAGCCCUGGGCCCUGACCAACGGCUGGGGUGGACAGAUGUACUGCUCCAAGGACCAGGGUCAGGCCGGACACCUGUGGAAGUCCGCUCUCGCUGACGUGGUGGCUCACCAGCACGACGGCUCGCCCUUCCGCCGGGGCCGGAAGAAGCGGAUACCGUACACCAAGGUGCAGCUGAAGGAGCUGGAGAAGGAGUACGCCGCCAACAAGUUCAUCACCAAGGACAGGCGCAGGAAGAUCUCGGCCAUGACCAACCUGUCCGAGCGCCAGAUCACCAUCUGGUUCCAGAACCGCAGGGUGAAGGAGAAGAAGUUCGUGGCCAAAGUGAAGCCCAGUGCGCAGUAGCUGCUGUGUCCGUGGGGUCCACUCGGGAUUUCAGUCAACACAAACUGGGCCACAAACCAAAAAAUAACGGGAAAACGUAAACGUGCAUUUCUGAGAAAAUACAGACUUUCAGCGGAGACGAGUGUGGAUAAAAUGAAGUCCAGGAAAAGAACCCCCCGUCAGAGACGUCCUGUAAAUACACCCCUCACCCCGGACCCCCUCCCUCCCUGCCUGCCAUGAUGUGUCUGUGUCUUUGUCUGUAGUGGUGUUCGUGCCCAGUAGCCUGUAGAUGUCAACACUUUUACUCUGUCCAUAAUGUUUAUACCGCGUGUGAACCACUAAUCCAAAAUAAAUAUUUUAA